AUGACGAUGACGUUAGACAGCAACCCCCAACGCUUCGGCUCCCUCAACUACGACCCUUACUCCCCUCAUCACCCUCAGUUCACCAACCCAUGGGCAGCGCCGCCCACGUCUGGUGUGAAUGCCUCGAGCAGUAUCUACUCGGGCAGCUCACAGGGUGGUCUGAACCCGAACCCACUAAGCCUCGACAGCCUGACGAAGCACUCUCACCAGCCUCCGGUGCCGCAGCAUGUCAACCGUAGCAGCGGCGGCAGCGCAACCUCACUGGCGUCGUACGGAUCGGUGCCGGUCCCGUCCUCUUCUGCCAACAGCCCCCACAGUAUGGCCCACCUCGCCGCCCACUCAACAGGACAACAAGACUUACUCUCAUCAUCUCAAGAUCUCCUUAGCCUCGGUCGUCUCGCCCCGGUGAACAGCCUUCCGUCUACGACAGGAUACGCGGAAACCCCAUACACCACAACCGCCGCCCCAAUUCAUCCAUCAUACGUCGCCACUUCGCAAGCACCAUACGAGAGCCUUGGCCGCUAUGCGCACUCGAUGCAACACAGCAUGGCCAUUCCCAGCGAGGCAGACCAUGCGGCGCGCAGGUAUUCUCAAUCACUCCACCAUGACGAGAGGAGUCGCUUUGCAGACGCCUUGGAAGCUAGCCAGGGUAUGCUCUCUAUGAGCCAAGAUACACCCCGUAACAUCUAUGGCCCCAAUGCGUCUACCCGCGCUCGCGGCUCAGCCGAUUCGUAUGGCUUUCCCUCGACGCAUUCGAACUCAAGCAGCGUGUCUUCUACUAGCGGUUUCGGGUACUAUGGUGGAUCCAUUGACUCGAGCGUUAGCGACUAUUCUACCGCCGGGUCGGACGUUGAGUCAUUAGCUAGCAGGACGCUCCCCAGGCCUCAGGGCUUGAUGACCAGCCAUGCACCGCCGGCGCCCUCUACCAUGAUGGGCCAAUUCAGCUCCAAAGUGUCAAACAGCUCACAAAAGAAGCACAAGUGCAAGGUUUGUGAUAAGCGCUUCACACGCCCAAGUUCGCUUCAGACACACAUGUACAGCCACACGGGCGAAAAGCCUUUCCAAUGCGAGGUUGAAGGUUGCGGCCGUCACUUUUCCGUUGUCUCCAAUCUUCGCAGACAUCGCAAGGUACACAAGGGUGACGCAAGGUCCGAGGCUGGCUCCGAGGACCAUCACUCUGACUAA